AUAAACAAAAUAUAUUAUUAUAUAUUUUGUCGUUUUACUAAUGUACAUGACUAAAAAACUAAAAAGUUACUUUAUAGUUACAUUUUGUAAAUAUUAGUUACAAUAUAUUGAAUAAACUCGUUUUCACUAAAAAUAAAGCUAAUUUGAUAUAAUUUUGUUUAUGGUUUAGUUAUUACGUUUUUCUAUUCUACACUAUGAGCCUAAUAUCGCAGUUGCAUCCUCACAACCAUAAAACUACAUUCGUUGUAGACCACACUCCUUACUUCGGUCUCGCCAGCAAUGCACACGUCAAAAUGGAUUUCACUAAACGUCCACCGGGUGCUAUACCGCCUUCUCCGGUUUUCAAAUCAAUGUGGACGUGUAGUAUUGAAGCAGUACUAGAAUAUUGCCGUAUUGUUUGGGAUCUCUUUCCAGAAGGUAAACUCAUACGUGUUAUCAGCAGUGAUAUGCAAGCACGUAACCUCAAUACUUGGGCAACUACUCAUCAAAAUGUUAAUUAUAUGCUUCACCAUUUAUCGGCACUUGGUCCGCCCGCUAAACUUUCACCAAAUCCUUCACGGGACUACAGCAUAGUCUAUGGAUUUCGUUCGGCAGCCGAAGCCAUGUCUGAAUGUACACCCGCACAAUUAGAACAAAUGUCUAAGAAAAAUUGUUCGGAAUUGUUAAACAAGUGUAGAACUGUUAUUAUAACAUCAGCUAGAGACAAUCCAUCGAUUGAUAAUCUUACGUCUAUGUUCCACAACGAUUUAAUUAAAAUCAACAAAUAUAGUGGAACACAGACAGGUACGCUAAUCGUGAAUUCCUGCGAAUUAGUCAUUAUCAACACGUAUCCUGACUCAAUCACGUGUGAAGUCACCGAUCGCCAGUUGUAUUCAAUAUCUCCUAUUUUAGAUUUAGAAGUGCACUGUAUUCCAGCAUCCAAGAUUGGAGCCAAAGUGUCGCAUCUUUUAUUAAAACAUUACGCUUUAGCUAGUACAACAGUCACUGGCAUCCCGAUGAAAGAAGAACAAAACGCUAGUUCUUCUGCAAAUUAUGAUGUAGAAAUAUACCAUUCGGUUACUGCACAUACUCCUAUUUUAAAUGUACAUGUUGCUGACGUACAAGCUGUAGUAGCAAAAAAGGAGGGAGCAUAUUAUGAAACUGUUAAGCUAAAGUGGUGCACACCCAGAGCAAAUAAUAAUUUGCCCGAUAUCCAUAGUUGUACGACCCUAAGUAGGAUCACGCCAGUCGAUAUAAAUAGUCGUCCGAGUGCAUGUUUGAUUACAUUUUUACUUAACGGUCGUUCGGUUUUACUUGAAAUGAUUAAACAAAGUGGUAAUAAAAGUAUGUCGCAUGUUCUUAAAUCGUACAAUGGAGAAAUAUUUAUACAUACAGUAUCGGCUGGACGUACCGUAUUAGAAGACCCACCAGCUAUUAGUGAGGGUCCGGGAGGCAAAGUCACUCAAUACAGAGUAGCUGAUUUUGGUAUGUUCAUGAAAUCAAAUUUACUACAACCGAUCAAACGAAAACCAUCUGACAAUGAAAAUUAUACGGAAAAAGCAAAAGAAAAACUUAGGAAACAGACAUCGUAUUGGCCACUUACAACGUCUUCAACUAUAAUUUUUAAUUUAAAACAUUAUACGGAACCUUUAUUGUUUUUGAUGGGCAAGGAGACCAUCAAUGAUCAAGAAGUCAUCCACUGCAAACAAUGUAUUUACACUUUAAUGACAGCUGAAUCCAAAAAUGAACCACUCGUUACACCUAAUUUGUCUAAUCCUCGAAAAACAUUAAAAAAAGAUGAUCAGUACAAACCAUUAUGGUCAGAAUUGGAAACAUUUUUAAAAUCAAAUCUUCACUCAGAAAAUCAUUGUAAAGUAUUACAAUGUUUAUUUGAAUGUCGGGGUAAGACUGAUGAAGAGAAAAUACUCGAAAAAUCUUUAAUGCGUUUCAAACAAUUUGCAUCGGAAAGACCUAGUGUUAUAAGAGCAACUACUGAUUCGCCAAUGUCUCCUCCUUUAACCCAACAAACCGGAGUAAAACAUGUAGCGCUCAACGAUGCCAAUACAAACCCUAAUAGUGUCAUGUAUCUUCAGAUCGUUCAGGAACAUGAUAAUCAUAAACCAAAUCCACCGUCUAGACCACAAUUUGCAGGAAGACUAAAAUCUGUCCAAUUGAGAAGUGGCAAUUUGUUUACUAAACUAUACCAACACUUAGACGAAAACGGAGAGAGAGUACAAAAGUAAAAGGUGAAAUCUAAAUAAUUUUCUAACUAACGUAUUUUUUGUAUGUAUUAUAAUAAUGAUUUAUUUGUAUCAAACAUUUUAAUUAAAAAAAAUUGAUUUUCUUUUUAAAAUAAAAGUAUUAAAUUUUUGUUAUAAAAGAUUAUAUUUUAAAAUCUAAUAUAAAAACAUUUCCUAAAUGUGCAGAAUAAUGUUUUCUAAAAUUGUUAGUUUCGUAGCUAAGCUAAUAAGGGAAUUUGAUUUUAUCUAUUGAAGAUCUUACCAAUGGCGGAAGCAUCAAAGAAGCCAUUGAGACGAUAUUUUCCCACUAUUAUUAUUUUUUUAAAUAUGUAAUAAAAUAUAUUAGCAUAUUUUAAUUUUUUUAUGUAUUUAAUGAUUAGUUGCAGUAUAACUAUUUCUAUAUUUUCAGUUAUAAUUUGCAAAAUUUUGAUAUAUCUUUUUAAAUUGGUUUUUAUCAAAAAUUAUUAAAACUAAGAAUGACUCAUAGACAAAUGAAGGGCACAGGUAAAUAAGGGUAGUUGUCAAUUUUUUUCAAUUUCUAGAUAAUUUCUCAAAUCAAUGGUACAUUGAAAGAGAGGUUAUAGUGGGGCCAACUUAGCGCUUUAAAAACGGUUGAUAUCUAGAUUUGUACACAUAAACUAACUUUGUUUUUGCUCUCCUGAAAAAUUGCGAUAAUUGGACUACUACCCUUCUUCCCCUGUGCCCUUCAAAUGUAAUGCAUGUACUUGAAAUACAUUUACAAAGUAUUUGAAAAUAAAAACACAUUUCUGA